AUGUCCUUUAACACCAACUGGCAAGACAAUCCUAGUACAGAUGAUGAGCGUCCCGCUAAAGCCCGUCGGAUUGCUCGAGCUUGUCUACAAGAAUAUCUUGAAAGAAGCCCAACACUUAUCCUAGCAAUAUGUUCAGUUGGUACUCGGUUCUGGGAUACAGGUGAUCAAAGUGACAAUUCUAUUGGUGGUCACCCUCGAUUCCACGACCUUACAAAAUUACUUGACAAAGCGGUUUCCAGGCUCCUACUCCGUCCCACUCCAGCAGAUGUUACACUAGACUCCAUUUGUGUACUUCUUCUGUAUGCCCAGUGGAUGCCCUGCAGCAGAGAAGAUGAAGAAGAUGAAAAUUCCGACCGUCACAGUACCCACGACACACGUAAAGCCAAAAGUCGAUACAACGAAAUCAGCGCCUGGGCUAUCCUAGGGUUAGCAGAACGAUAUUCUGUCCUUCUGGGUCUCGAGCAAUCAGCCACAUCACUUUUCAAGGACCCCAACAAACGUCCAUCCGCAGAGGAUGCUAACAGGCUACGAGUGUGGUACAACUUGCUCACAUGCAACUUUAAUCUCAUGCUAACAUCCGGUCUACCUGUAUCGAUUGAUCCUGCUCCGUCGGUCCAAGUAGCGCGGAAUUUUGUCUCAAGCGACUUGAUGCAGUCCCCUGCUGAUCUUCGAGUGAGGGGACUUGUAGAGCUUGUCGGAAUUGUUCACUUUGCUAUGUCUAGUUGUGGGGAUAUAUCUGGCCGUCAAUUGCAACCGAGUUGCUUGGAAAGGUUGAAUAUUGAUUUGGAUGAUUGGCAGAAAUCUUGGUUUGCCCGUUUAAGUGCGUUUAUCAGAAGACCUGUAAUGGCUGUUAUUAACACCUUCCAGAGAAAACGGAUUCCCACUAUAACCAUUUGCCAUUCACCUCGGCGAGGUGGUAUCGACUUUCACUAA